AUGGUCUUCGGGGCUGCCGGCAAAAAGAGUCCUGAAAAUGUGCUGCCUAUAAUGCUCAAUGGAAUUCCAUUAAAGAGAGUAUCACAUUUUAAAUAUUUAGGACACUAUAUUGCCGACGACCUUAAGGACUCUAUGGGCAUGGAGCGCGAGCGCAGGACACUGUCGGUCAGGGCGAACAUGCUAUUGCUCGAUGUACGGCGGAGGACGCUGCUGCGGCUGCGACGGUUCUGUAGUGCGUCUGCCAUGUUUGCUGAAGCUCGCGUCGACGGCUUCGUGGCACUCUUACGGAAGAAGUCGGCGUCUUUAUUAAAGAGAAUUCGUGGCAGCAGCAACGGCCUAUUGAAGACUAUCGCGGAUAGGAAUGCUGUCGCCGUCGCGUCGCCGCCGUCGUCGUUGAGGCCAGAUUUCGUCGUGUGA